AUGUUGUCCUUGAGCUUCCCACGCGGUAGCUGGCUGCUGGUGCUCGCUGUUUGCCUGGUUCUUCUGCCAGGCAAGGCUGCUGCAUUUGGCGCCGGUAAUAUUCCCUCGAUUGCCCAGGUUGAGGGCCACAACUGGCGACAUGGAGAUAUCGAGGAUAUGCUUCAAACUAUUGCCUUCCUGAACGGCAAGAAAUGGUCUUCCAUGUUGAUCAAGCGAACCUACUUUGGCAACUGGCUUCGUGAUUACUCACAGGCCGUUGAUGUUGGCAGCUUGAAGGGCGUCAACGCUGCCACCGUCCGCAUUCUGGUCUGGGUCCUUUCCUUCAUGGCUUUUGGCUACGCUACCGAAGAAUUCGAAGUCACCGAAGAACGGCUUGGCUGUUACCGCGCCGAAGAGCACAUCGACAACCCCCGCGGCUAUGCUGAUGGACUGGACGCGCGCAAGUUUGAUCCUCGCCUUCGCGGUCCCGUUGAGCCUAUCGAGUACGACAUCGACAUGCGAACCGGUAUGAAGAACUACAUUGCCAACGAAACCGGCCAGUGGGCCACCAGUGCUGGAUACCUCCGAUUUAGCUUCGCCCGCAGCAUUCACUUUGGCCGCCUCUACACCUCUGGUUCCCGGAAGGGGAAGGAUGAAGAUCUUUGUGAGGCGCUGCGAUGUCUCGGUCAGGCCCUCCACUGCAUGGAAGAUUUUGGAGCCCACAGCAACUACUGUGAGCUAGCCCUCCGAGAGCUCGGUUACAACAACGUCUUCCCCCAUUGCGGCAACCGCGCCGAAAUCAAUGUGCAAGGCAAGAGAAUCUACCCUCUCACCACUGGAACCUUUGGUGCCGUCGACUUCCUUCACUCCGUGAUUGGAGAAGCCACGGAUCACUUUACCCAGUCCGAAGUCGACGAGGUGGAGGUCGCUUUGAAAAAUGCCGAACGCGGAACCGCAUCCGUCUCAACGGAUAGAGGAUUCUUCGACUCUUCUGGCGGACCAACUGACUUCAUCUCGCUUCUCUCCAAGCUUCCUGGAGAGGGUGAUGGAUUCGCUGCCCAGGCUAGAGAGCUCAAGGCCGCUUCCGACGCUCAGCAGCGCCAGAACGACCACAGCGAGACUAGAAGCCGUGAUGGUACAAACCAAAAUGUCGUUCCUGGCAUGAGCCCUGACUUUGACCCCGUCAAGGUUGCUGGCCAAAUCUACCCCAUUCUGCAGUUCCGUGACAAGAUUGUCAAGGCCAUCAGCCGCGGCAUCUCCAAGAUUCCCGGUCUUGAGAAGCUGCUUGAACACAUUAGCGAAACCUUGACUGCUUUCGUUCUCGGUCUUUUGGCUCCAUUCGUGCGCCCCAUUAUCAACUCUGUUUCCAAGGUGUUGAAGGAUGGCUCCUCUGGCAUCAUCAGCGCUAGUUCCAACUCUCAGCUUGAGCCUUGGGAGAAGCCUGAGUGCUCCGACCCUACGCAUUCCAUGUUGUCCAAGGAUCACUUUACCAACCUCCUGAACUCAUGUGCUGGCCGUGUAGCCGCUACUAUCUUGCAAUACGUUGUUCCUCGUAUCCUGUUUGCAUGGGACAACCCCAACGUUCCAGUCGACGAGGUCAUGAACGAUGUCCUUCGCGCUUUCCACCACCCUGCUCUGCGCGAUGAGAACAUUGAAAUCCAGCGCGACAUGUUCAAGACUGUCCGCAUGUGGGCUGAUCAGCACCCUCGCCGCCACGACAUUGACCGAUUACUCUCCUCUGAAUCUGUGAAGCAGGGCAAGAACCACGUUCUCAAUCAGCAAGGCAACAGCGGUGGUAAGCGUGAGAUUGGUGGCCACAGCUGUGGCGGCGACGGCGGUCACGGCAAGGUGGCUGGCUCGCUCUGGUCUCAAGUUCGCACCAGAGACUUGGACUCUAUGCAGGGCAGAGACGGUGAUGCUUCCGCCAACUACGUGUCUCCCUCACCUGCUCCUCCCGGUAGCCACAGUCCUCCCAGCGGCGGCUACAACUACAACAACCAAGGAACAUCAGGGUCCUACCAGGGUAACAAUAACAUUAACCAAAGCGGAUACAAUGCACCUCCUCCUCAGUCCUACUACCAGGGAGGCGGCUACAACCAAGGUCCUCCUCAAGGCUAUGGAGGCCCUCCUCAAGGAUACGGUGGCCCCCCUCCUGGUCCUAACUACGGCGGCGGUCCUCCUCAGCAGGGCCAGUGGAACGCGCCUCCUCCUCAAGGAUACGGCGGUCCAGGCUAUGGACAGCCCCAGGGCUAUGGCGGUCCUCCUCAGGGCCAGUAUCCUCCUUAUCAGCAGGGUCCUCCUCCUCCUCAAGGACCACCAUCCUGGAAUCAGUACCCUGGCCAAGGCCAAGGAGGAUACUAGAAAACCCAGCACCUGGUGUUGUCAAGAAUAGAAAGAAAAAGCGUGCAGUUUCAGAAGCAUUACAAGGGGAGUUAACGGGGAGCGGAGUGGUUGAUUACGAAAGAUGCUUAACAUUUUAUCAGACAUGUGGAUAAUGAGUUGAAAUUGAAAUCUAUGUUAUCAAAAGAUAU